UGUUUUUGGAGCAUGCUCAGUGGGAUUAUGACCCACAUUUUCUGCAUUGAACAGCGAGAUCCUGCGCGAGAGACGCAUAUAGGUGAAUUUGGAUUGAGAAGUGACUGGAUUGAGGACAGUUCGUUUAUUUAUGUGACGUUUAUAUCCUAUAAACUCCGUAUUGCAUGCUCAGAAACGUGGUAUGUGGUCGAACGAGAAGCAAAGCUUUUAGUAUCGAUGUUUUUGGAGUCAGAAAACAUUAUCGUGGAUAAAUUCUGCCUUUGCACAGGACAGUACCUGUUUGACAUGCAGACACGAGUGGAAAGAUUGUACAUCUAAUCAUAGUCUAUAAAUAAUCAAGAAAAAUGAAUCGAGAAAUCGGAACAGCGCUUAUUUUUUUCAUAAUCACCGUAAGGCUCUCAGCGGUGUUGACUGCUGUAGCUGCAGCCCCAGGAUUGAACCGUACACUUGAUGAGUCCGGAUCGGUUCCUGUUGUUAUCUCCAGGAUGUUUCAAAUCAUUGCCAGGGAAGGAAACACCGUCUUGUUAGACUGUAACGUUACCGGGGACCCCUUGCCACAUUUUCAGUGGUACAACUCGCACCGUACUUUGUUGCACAUGGAUGAAGGCGGAAAAUGGUCGAUUUUAGACGGUGGAGUGCUGAAUAUCAGCAGCAUCACAUUUGACGACCGUGGCAAAUACACGUGCGUGGCCUCGAACAUCCACGGCAGUGUGACCUCCACAGUGACCCUGCGAGUGGUGUUCACCACGGGGGACAUGGGAAUCUACUACGUGGUGGUCUGCCUUGUAGCCUUCACCAUCGUUAUGAUCCUCAACAUCACCCGCCUCUGCAUGAUGAGCAGCCAUCUGAAGAAGACCGAGCAGGCCAUCAACGACUUCUUCCGGACCGAGGGAGCCGAGAAGCUGCAGAAGGCCUUCGAGAUCGCCAAGCGGAUUCCAAUCAUCACCUCGGCUAAGACCAUGGAACUAGCCAAGGUGACGCAGUUCAAGACCAUGGAGUUCGCCCGCUAUGUCGAGGAGCUGGCUAGGAGCAUCCCGCUGCCCCCUCUUAUCAUGAACUGCAGGACCUUCAUGGAGGAGAUCCUGGAGGUGGUGGACCAGCGUCAUACCUUUGUCAAGCAGGUUCAUGAGGCAGGGGAGGAAGGCAGCAGAGGAGGUGGCGCGGAUGUUUACACCAUUCCCAAACGCAGUGGCUCUCCCACUGGGGACUCGGAUGAGGCUUCGUUGCAUGAACACCAGCAGCACAUCGCCAUCAAGGUCUCAGUGCACCCGCUGUCAGCCCAGGACAGCUUGUCAGCCAUAGACAUGAAGUCUGAGAGCUGUAUGCAGAUGGAAACCACAGAGGAUGAGACGGUACUAGAACCAGAACCAGAACCAGAACCAGAACCGGAGCCAGAACUGCCUACUGCUGAGUUAGAGCCAGAAACGGAAACAGAUAAUCACGUAUAAUAUUCAAAAUCGAUAACAAAUAUCUAUGCAUUUCCAAACAUGUAAGGUGAAAAAAGAGGAGGUUCUACUAAAAGCUUGAGUAAGUUUUCCCUGCCCUCAGCCUUGUAUGAUGAAUGUUAUAUAGAGAACUAUUUUAUUUCAAACAACAAAGCAUGUAAGUGUAUUUAUUGUUAUUUUCAGCUACCUUUUUGUGUCUUGCAGCUGCUGCUUCAUGCUUUCAAAAUGAAUGACAUUUCUGUUUCUUUACUUGCUGAAUUCAUGUUUUAGAGAACAGCUACCCGGGCAUGUGUGGGAAAGCUAGAGGUUUUACUGGAGCUGUAGACUGCAGAUAAGCACUUCCCUUCAGGAACUUCAUCUACUCUCUCCUCUCUGUUUUUCAGUAUGUCUGGUUGAAGAUUCAUUGUGUGUAGAUAAUGCCCUAGAGGCACCACUGUGAUAGCUAAAUAAAGAUUUGUUUAACAGUG